AUGGAUGUUUAUGAUGAAAUAGAGAUAGAAGACUUCACGUUUGACCCUAUUACACAGCUUUUUCAGUAUCCAUGUCCUUGUGGCGAUAAGUUUGCAAUAACUAUUGAUGAUUUAGCUGAUGGCGAAGACAUAGCCGUCUGUCCAAGCUGUUCGUUGCAAGUUAGGGUAGUGUUUGAAAAAGAGGACUUAGACGAAUAUUAUGACCAGCUAACUUAA